GUAGUCCUAAAGAAAUGCCCAAGAGCGUAGCUAGCUAAUAGCUAACAUAAUUAAUUUGGAAAAUAAUAAUAAUACAUUUUACAUCAGCUAUCUAUCCUAAAACUGUAUUUACUAGAAGAAGAUACAAAUUGAAAAACUGCAUUUUACAAGCUUCUUCCUCAUUCAGUGGGGUCAGAGUUCAGUAAAUAUUGGUGAUGUCAUGGUCUGAAGAUGGCUGAAGGAGAAAGCUGUGACGGUUGGUGGGGAGGCUGGCUUCAACAAAGCUUCCAGGCCGUCAAAGAUAAGUCAUCAGAGGCAUACGAAUUUAUAAAGCGUGACCUGACAGAGUUCUCCAACGUGGUGCAACAUGACGCUGCGUGCUCCAUCGUGGCCACAGCAAGCGCCGUUAGAAGCAAACUAGCGGUGGAGGGCUCCUCUGAUACCACAGAGAAGGUGAAGAAGAGCCUAUCCAGUUUCUUAGGAGUGAUAACAGACACCCUCGCUCCUCCCCAGGACAUGACCAUCGACUGUGAUGUCAUCACGCUAGUGGCAACUCCAGCAGGCACCACAGAGGUGUAUGACAGCACCAAGGCUCGUCUCUACAGUCUGCAGGCUGACCCUGCUACAUACUGCAAUGAGCCUGAUGGUUCCCUAGAGCAGUUUGAUGCGUGGCUCUCCAGCUUCAGCCUGGAGGAGAGGAAAGGAGAGAUCUCUGACCUCCUGGUCAACACCCCCUCUAUCAGGGCCCUUUACACCAGAAUGGUGCCAGCAGCUGUAGCCCAUUCUGAAUUCUGGCAGCGGUAUUUCUACAAAGUCUUUCAGUUGGACCAGGAGGAGGCCAGGCGAGUGGCCUUGAAGCAGAGAGCAGAGCAGACUUCCCACACAGAGGCUCUGGGCUGGGAGGAGGAGGAUGAAGAUGACUUCCUUGGCGCCACGUCUUCAUCUCGCCUGGACUUCACGCCCCCAUUGGACAACCCUGCUACCCAGCUGUCCCCACUUACACCAGUCACAAUGGCGACGACCCCACUCAGCCCCAUCCCGUCUCCAAGCGGGGAGCGCUCCUCUCCCCUCUCCCUGAGCAGCGACAGCGGCAGCCUGCCCACCCAGGUGGAGGUGAGACCAGCCAGGCCACAGCCUGCAGUCGUGGAGCUGUCCCAGAAACUCAACAAGGCCAGCCUGGAGGAGAAAGAGCCAGAGGGGCAGCAGGAGGAGGAGAAUAGGGUUCAGUUAGAGGCCCCAGCCCAGCCUGAGCCCACAGAGAAGGCUACAGCUGAGAGAAUAACAGUCCAGGCCCCAGCUACCACAGUUCAGGCCCCAGCUACCACCAUCAGACCAGAGACCGAGGGGCCCCAGGACCUGAGGGUGUUUGAGCUCAACUCUGACAGCGGGAAGUCUACACCUUCAAACAAUGGCAAGAAAGGGUCCAGCACAGAUGUCAGUGAGGACUGGGAGAAGGACUUUGACCUGGACAUGACAGAAGACGAGGUCCAGAUGGUGCUCUCUAGAGUUGAGGCUACAGGAGAGCUGGAGGAGGACUGGGAAAACUGGAACUGAUGAUUGCUGUGGCGUACUGUUUCUAUCCCGCCAUUAAAGCGAGUUCUCGGCAGACGAACCAUGCUUAACGUGUUUUACCUCUGUCCACGCCGUCACCGUGUCACGUUUGUUCGUAGGGGAAUGUCCCUUUGGUUUGGACCAUGUUGCUGAAGGCGCUAGCAUAGCAAUGGCAAUCCAAGACAAUACGAUUAGAGCCAAGGCACCAUCAGCUGUCAGUUUGUGCACAUAGGUUUCAAAGCUGAUUUACUCAGUCUUUUUGGUUAUUUCUUGAAAGCUGCUGCUCCCUCUAUCUUCUGAAAUGCCAUUAAGUACAUGUAAAUUGUUGCUAGUGAACUUCUUCAAAGUUAUGAGUGGCGGGAAUUAUGACUUCACUUUAGGCUGAAGAAUAGCCAUUAAAUUGUAACGCUGCGUAUCACCUUUCAUGAGAUGAAAUUCGUCAUGUGAUUUAUUGAAUGGUGAAUAUAUUGAUUUAAACUUUAAAAAAAGAAACUAACUCGUCUAUCUUAUGCAAGUGAAUAUUCAUAAGGGAACCUAUUUUGGCCUUUAUAGGGAGCAUUCAUUUUGGAUUCACUCCCAACCUUAGAUACAUAUGACCUUGACAGACGAGCGAUAGUGUGGACAAGAUAUCCAAAAUGUUUUGUCACACACUUGCCAUUCUGUCUGUUUUCAUCCCUGCCCUGCUAAGUAAUUGACAUGAACAUAUCAGCUCUUCUGUGACCUCCAUGGGCCACGUUUCCGCUUUAUUUCCUGUCUCUGCUACAAUAAUCUAUUAUUCGAUCAGUCCACGUCUAAUAUUAUUCUGGAUGGGUAAAGGUCUCAUUUAUUGUCAAAAGAGAAGAUGAUAAUGACGCAAUAAAGAGGCUGCAAAAUGUUUCAGGUGUCAUGGUGCCAGAGUAUUGGGCUUGGAUGUCUGAGGAGGUAUGGCCUGUUGUCAUGUUAUUUCUGAUGUUAAAUAAUUAAUGAGAUCCCACAGCCUGCUUAGUAUGGACAUAUAUACUGCACAAUAGCUCUGAGUAUGGAGUUGCAGAGAGCCAAGAGGAAAUGAGGGCUUUGUCUGCUUGAUUUAUUUAACAAUACAGUAUAGACUAGCUUCAUUCUGCAGUAUCGCUUCAUACUAUUCUGCUAUUUUAUUGUCAUAAUUGUCUUCAUCAGUGUAAACUGUGGCCAAGACUCAAAGCAUAAAGAUUUAGUGUAUAGAUCUCUACAAUUACUGCUUUUCAUGUGAAUGUUAUUUUUCUGAGCAUUGUUUUGCAUGUCAGUGCAAUCACUUAUGCAAACUGUUGUACAGCAGGUGUACUGUUUUAAGUUGUAAGGUCGCUUACUAGCUUGUAGUUGCUAAAGGAAUGACCUGUUUAUAAUGAAUUGAUUGAUAUGUUGCAUGUCUCAAGUUAUCUAUGUAUUUCACAUUAAUACAUAUAUUUGCACUUUAAACAAUACGUUUAAAGCUGUUCAUUUUAGGCAAUUACAUUUUCCUCUAUUUUUCAAAUGAUCAUUGUCAUUAAAAAGAGUCUCAUGU